AAACUUACAUCGACGUGUUUGACUAUGCACUUUUUGCGCAUUGUCUGCUCUCUUUUUCUCUUCCAAAGGUAAAUAUAAAUACUCAAACCUGUUCCAUUUUUAAAUGUAAAAGUGGAUUGGAGAAAGACGGGACGCGAACAGGCCUUUUAAAUCGAUUCGAGUGACACGUGACACGUGAUCGCGGUAUUUUCUCGACCAUCAUCUCGACAAUUAAAGUUUCAUCCGAUCUAUCAUUAUAUUUAUCCGUGAAAUUUUAAAGACACCUAAGAAUUUUUGUAACGCGACGUAAAUGUCAAAUGUUUAUUUAAAAGUAAAGCCGAAUUUCAAGCCGAAAGAAAACCCCCCUUAUGUUUACAUAUUCCUAACCUCAAAUAUCGUUUAAUGUGUCAUAUAAUCUGAAAGGGCAUUUUAAAGUUCAUCACUCAGUGACAGAUACAGAUACAAUAAAAAAAUUAACGCAGUAUUAUAGAGAGAUGCUGCAAAAAGCGAUUCUAAGAUUAAGGUAUGCUGCUUCUAAGAUUAAGGCUGCUCGGACGGCGCAUCUUCGCUCUUUGUCAAAGCUAUCGGUUGACUGCAAGGAAAAUCCGGACGACAGGAUGCAAGCCUGGCAGAUACAUUCAUAUAAUGGACUGGAAGACUUGAGACUCUCCAAUGUCAGAAUGCCAAUCAUUAUGAAUCCUACUGACGUCCUGGUAAAGGUUGAAGCUGCUAGUGUGAACCCCAUCGAUGUUGCGAUGACGAAUGGAUAUGGUAACACUCUUAUAAAUGCUAUGCGCAAAACCAAGGGUCUAGUCUGUAAAAUGUCUGAAGAAUUGGAGCUGCCAUUGACAUUAGGUAGAGAUUUCGCAGGAAUAGUUGUAUCCAAAGGGUAUGGUGUAGAGGACAGGCUCAAAUUAAAUGAGAAAGUUUGGGGAGUGGUUCCAAUUGAACAACAAGGCAGUCAUGCGAAUUAUGUUGUGGUUAACAGUAACUUAGUAAAUCCAUACUCUCAGAAAUUAUCUCAUGUAGAAGCUGCGAGUAUCUUGUAUGCUGGUCUGACUGCGUGGUCUGCACUAUGGAUUACAGGAGGGCUGUAUUACAAAACGGCAAUAGUUACAAAAUUAAAUAGACGCGUCCUGGUAAUGGGAGGUUCUGGAGGAGUCGGCACCUUAGCAAUACAAUUAUUAAAAGCUUGGCGCAUGCAUGUGAUUAGCACAUGUAGUAGUGAUGCUGUAGACAUGCUACAGAAUUUAGGUGCCGAUGUUGUCAUUGAUUAUAAGCAGGAUGAUGCCGAUGCAAAAAUUAUUGCAGAGGGACCGUAUGAUAUAAUCUUAGAUUGCGCCAAUCAAGGACCAAAAUUCAUCAGAAUGAAAGGAUAUCCGCACAAUAUUUAUAUAACAUUAAACUCGCCGAUGUUAAAAAAUUUUGAUCAUCAUGGGCUAAUUGUAGGAAUGGCGAGGAAUCUUAAGGAUAUUCUAAAAUUUAAUAUUCCAAAUGCAAAUAACAAAAGUUGUGUUAAAUGGGGAUUUUUUAUACCCUCUCAAACAGGAAUUAACGUUCUUCAGAAGCUUGUGGAAAAUGAAGAGAUCGUACCCGUUGUUCAAGAAGUAUAUCCUUUUCAAGAUUUGCCACAAGCAUAUGAAAGAUUAAAGCAAGGUCAUUUAAGAGGCAAACUAGUCAUUGAUAUGAGAUAAUGGAUCGCAUUACUGAGUGACAUAUAUAAAUGUAUAUAAAAUAUCUUUUUUACA